AUGCGCGACCCGACGAACACCGUCUGGGUCGGCAGCUACGACCCGGCUUUCCACUCGCGCAGCAUGCUGUGCCGCGCAUUCUGGCCUUUCGGCCGCGUUAUGGAGAUCUCGAUCCACGAUGGCAAGUCGUACGCCUUUGUGCACCUGCGGCGCACCGAGGAGGCCAAGGCCGCCGUCGACGCCCUCAUCGAGAGCCGCGAGUUGGGUGCCGCGAUCUUCAACUACAGCAAGAUGCACGAAUACACAGAGGAGGAGAUGAACCUGCCUCAUGAUCCCAGUGCUGUGGAGGAGCCACCUGUCACGGACCCCGCGCCGGCAGCAGUGCCUGGGGCCCGUCGUCAGCGCGACUACGACGGCAGCCGCGACCCACGUGACGAGCGUGGCGCGCGCGAGGCGGAGCACGGUCGCGAUGCCCCGUUGCCCCCGCCGCGCCGCGCGCGGCACGAGCGGGAGGCCAAGGAGCCGUCCAACGUGUUGUGGGUCGGCAACCUCGUCCCGUACAUCACGAAUGAGAAGCUGACGGAGGUGUUCGAGGUGUUCGGCCCCAUUUCGAGCGUCUCCCGUCUUGGCCGCUCGAACAUGGCCUUCCUGCACUACGAAACGGUCGAACAGUGCACGAUGGCCAUUGAGACGAUGAAGGGCAGACCGAUUGAGGGGGUCAUGCUAAGCUUGAACUACGGCCAUGACGCCCAACAUGCAAGCGAUGCAGCGGGCGGCAGCGGCGCUGGCGCAGAGGGACCGGCAGGGAUGGCCGGUCACAGUUACAGCAAUGUCCCCCUCACCGCCGACGGCAUCCCUGUCAACGAAACGCCAACGAACAUCAUCUACCUCGGCCAUCUCCCCACCGAUACGGAUGCUAAGGACGUUGAGGAUCUGUUUGCACCUUACGACGGCUUCAUCUUCAGCAAGUUCGUUUCCAGCAACGGGAUCGGCUUUGGUCACUUCGACACUAUCGACUCGUCCCGGGUGGCGCGCGCAGGGCUGACCAACGCCAUGAUCAAGGGGACACCGAUCCGUGUGAGCUUUGGCAAGCACAACCACACAUACACCAUGGCCGAUCGGCGCCGUAUCGGUGAGCCAGCCCUGGACAAUGGCGGUGGCGAGUUCAACUUGGAUGCCAUGAUGCGCGGCCCCGGUGCGCAGUUGGACGGCACCACCGGCGCUCUUGUGGCUGGCAGCUACGGCGGCGGGGCGGGUGCCGGUGGGGCGUUGGUGCUACCGGCGAUGGGCGGUGGCGCUGCUGGUGGCGGCAUUGGGGGCGCAGACACUAACGUGUAUGCCCGCAAGCGCGAGGUGCCGGAGAUGAACAUGGACAACCGCCUUCAGUCACUGUUGGGCAGUACGUAUAACAACUGUGGUGCCAGGGGCCUCGAGAUCAGCCCGAGCCAGAUCCAGGCAGUGUGCCAGCUCGUCGACAACUGCGCCAGCGAGUCUGCGUGCGAGACACUCCGGCAAGCGCUCAUGCUCUACUCCCCGCUGCGCUCCGUCCACGUCUUCAACGUCGUGGCGAAGCGCAUGAAGGAGUUCCCUGAUGACCCACACAAGCGCCUCUUUGUCUUGUACGCCGUGACGCACGUGCUGCUUGGCGUGUCCACUGAGUAUGUACCCUUCACAGAGGCAGUGCUCAACGCCUAUCUCAUGGUGCUGCUGGCGGCGAGUGAGGGGCAGACAAGCAGCGGCAUGGAUCGCCUGACAUUCAUCAUAGAAAGCUUUCAGCAGCACCCGUUCAUCGAGAAGAAGUCCAACGCCGGCAAGGAGUACGAGGAGCAGUUUCGGGCACAGCUGGACGAGAUCACCAACCGCGCGAAGGCCGAGCAGGAUCUGCGCUCGCUGGCGACACGCCGCCGCCGCCGCAACUGA